CAAUACUCUCAACACACCACAAAAAGCAGGACAUUUCAAGUGGGAACUGUAGGCUCAGUGUAACAUAAGUACCUGAGUGUGGAGGAAGGAUCAUAUACCAGCUCUGCUCCUGGCUGUUUUGCCCUGACCAUGGCUGCAAGAAGGGCAAAACAGAAGAAUUGUUCUGGGCGUGUAGAUGACAUUGAAUGUAAUGUCUCUGUGAAUUCCGAUCCACUUCCCUCUGAAUCAUUGCUACGGCCUGUCUCUGUAAAACUAGAACCUUUCGAUUUUCAACUCUGUGAUUUGCCCUCAAAUCAAUCUUCCGUUGUUAAUGAUGCUCACGACAUGCAGUUUGAUCUUUGGGACUUGAAAUCUGAGAUCAAGGCAGAAACGUCCUGUGAUGAACAUCUAACUUUUGAGGUUGCUGAGAUGAUUAUGAACCCGUUUAAAGACUGUGACAACUGUGACGUUAAACCUGAAAAAGGGCAAGUUACCGAGCAUGCAGUUUCAGAGGAGAGUUUGCCGCAUCUGACACCUCAGACACGAGGAGAUCACCAUGAUGAAGGGCCUGUAGUUCUGACACAGCAAGAGGAGUCUAAUCAGGAAGAGCAUCAUUCUGGGACUAUCAUAACUGGUAAAAUGAGAAGGAAAAAAAGAAAAGCAAAGACACAAGAGAAGCAACAUCUUUGCACACUCUGUGGGAACACGUAUGCAAGUGCAAGGAAUCUGGAUGUUCACAUGCGCAUACACACUGGAGAGAAGUCUUAUGUCUGCCAAAGCUGUGGGAAGGAGUUUGCUCGUAGCGACCGGCUGUCAACCCAUAUGAGAAUCCACACAGGUCAGCGAAAGCCAGCUAAACCACAUCAGUUUGCUUGCAGCCAAUGCGAGAGGACUUUUGCCAUUGCGUGCAACCUUCGAAACCACAUGCUUCGCCACACAGAGGAGCGACCGCAUGCCUGUCAUUUUUGCGAGAAACGCUUCUUUGCAUCAAAUGACCGGGACAAGCAUGUGAGCAUCCACUUGGACCUGAGGCCUUUUGUUUGCUCUGAGUGCGGUAAUAGCUUCCUUCGCAAGAGCACAUUAAAUAAACACCAGCGCAUCCACACGGGCCAGCGGCCAUACAACUGCCCAGAGUGUGGGAAAGCCUUAAGGUAUAAAUACAGUUUAGAUAUGCACAUGAAGACCCACAAGAAAUGAGGGACUAGAUUAGAGACAGACAAUUGUCUUGUAGUGCUUGACAAUAUCAGUAACGUUAUGUAAUGUGUGAAUAAUGUUUUUUUUUUGUUUUGUUUUACAAAAACAAUGUAAAAAGAUUUUUUUAAUGUUCAUUAUCUCAUCAUUGCUUACAUGUUUGUCGUAGAAUUAGCCUUAUUCAGGCGUUGGCAAUUGUGCAAACCAUGCAUCAUGCCAAUCAUGUGAAUGCAUUGUGCCAAUCAUGUAUUGUGAUCUCGCAGCUGGAGCGAGGUUGGUGUCAUGAAGACUCACGCACACGCAGUUCUACCCGAAGUGAGUGCCCAAAAUAUGUUGCAAUAUGGCCGCUGAGUGGAGGAACACUGGGUAUUUCUCAAAGUCAAGAGCUCGUCCUUGAUAGAAUGCUUUCUUUCAAGUCGAGUGCUAGAGAGACAAGGCUACACACCUUCCCAGUACCCCCUCCAGCCGUCAAGAUCACAUGCAAUGGAACAGCCUAGCGAGUGUGGAAGUGCACGUCAAUUGUGCACGGUUCCGGCUGCGCGCUUAAUUAAAACCGUGGAAAUUGUGCUGCUUUUACAGGAGUUCCAACUGCAGCUGCACUUUGCUCUAAAUAAACUUUUUGGAGUAGCCUACAGUAUUUCCACAUUCGACUUGGUCUUCACAUAUCACAAUCCGUAGU